AUGUCACUGAGCCAAUAUCCGCCCCAAGCGCCCUUUGAUAGCGCCCAUGUCCCCACACGACAGUCGCAAUCCGAAUUACUCGACGCGUAUCCGAUCGACGCUUAUCCGAUCGAGCAGCCGCCCAAUAUGACAUAUAGCCAGGCUGCACCUGAUCAGGGGUGGACGCAACUUGUAUUGGAAGAAAUGAAAAAUUUGCUACUUCUUUUAAACGCCGAGGGUCGAAUCAUAUAUGCGUCGCCGUCGUCAAAGCUGAUCACUGGCCGCUCACCGAAGCAGCUCGAAGGUAGCCUUUUCAACGAGUACAUUCACGAUGACGACAAGUCUGUUUUCCUGCGCGAUAUGGACGAAUCGGUCGCUUCAGACGAACAAUUUCACACUCAUGUACGAUUUCAAAAAUUCAAUGGCACGUACUGUAUACUGGCGAUCAAUGGACACCCUCACAUUGGUAACGACGAUAAUUCCAAAAAACGCAAAAGAGCAAGCCAGGAGCGUUGCGUUGGUUUCUUUCUUAUGUGUCACCCUUGUCCUACGAAAAGCUCCUUACUCCUUGACUCUUAUCUCGAGCACAAGAUAGCAAAUGCGCGUCUUGUGCAGCAGAUCGCUAAAUUGAAAAAGGAAGAGGAUGAAGAGGCAAAUUUAGCCCGGGGGUCUUUCAUCAAAACAGAUACGGACUCUGUUGACAACAGCACUGCACGGGGGUCAUCUAGUGAUCAUGAAUCAACCGACACUGUUGGGACCAAUUCGUCCGAUUCCGACACCAAUAUUUCUUCAAAUAAUACAUCGGAGAGGGGAGCUACUGUCAAUCGCCCGUCUCAUGUCGAUGGCAUUGAGGUAAUUACUGGUCUUCAAUAUGGUCUUGGCGAGCGGUCGGAAGGACUCAGUACUGGCCGCGGCCGGCUGGUUAAUUGCGAUAUCGAUAUAACCACAGCAGCGGACCAAGCCCGCACUGCUCAAGAAGGAGACAGGCGCAAGAGGCUCAGAGGUCAAUAUGUCUGCACUGACUGUACAAAGACUGAUUCACCAGAGUGGCGGAAAGGUCCCGAGGGACCGAAGACCCUGUGCAAUGCCUGUGGCUUGCGUCAUGCUAAAAACAAGAAAAAAGAGAGAGAACGCCAGGAGAAAGAACUCCGCAAGAAAGGACUCCAACACCAAGAGUCCUAG